CGCAGACAUCAUGAGUUAUGGUCUAUUCCUCUUCCAUUUUGAACGACCAGCAGAUGAGCAAGAAACAAGGACGCAGAACGCAAGUACUGUAUUAGAAAUGACUACCCCGUUGCUCUCUGCCAGAUUCCGACUGCGCACCUCUGGCGAUGCAGAGGCCGCUGCAGCUAGAUAUGCUAGAUAUGCUAGGUUGGGUAUUGUAUUGAGCGAACGUGCGGAAGAGUCUCUGCCUGAUUGGAUACCCGUUGAUAGUCGCUUCUGUGCGGUUCGUUCGGAAACAUCUGUGAGAGAAUCUAGAGGAGCCUUGUCACGACUGUACUCGUUGCGAAGACGUUUCCUGCAUGACCCAGAAUUCUUCGAGGCAUAUGCAGACGUCGUGUCACGGAAUCUCGAGAAAGGCUAUGCAGUACCGGUUCCCUCUGAGCUGACCGCGAGGUUUUGUACCUUUGUAGUCAAUAGGCCAGGCAUUAUUCAAGAAUACUCCUCACCGAGCGAAUGGAAGCACGUGGAAUCAUUACAGAACCCUGCCGACCUAGCGUCCAGGGGUAUUAAAGGAGUGGAAGAUUUGAGUCGCUGGACAUAUGGACCAGAGUUUAUCAACGAACCGAGGAUUCUUGUGUCACCUUUGACACCUGAUCGGAUACCCGAUGGCGUGGAGCGAGCCGAGUA